AUGGGGACUCGCAUACACAAACGUACAAAACCAGGGUGGAGACCCAUUAAGAAUCUUGAGAUGAAUAAUUUUAAAGAGGAGUCUUUAGGCAUAGCCCAACUUUCAGGUCAAAAUCUUGCUACAACAUCCAUCUCAGUAAAUAUCAGAAAACAGGUCUCUGAUCUUGUCAUGGCUAUCAGUGACAAGGGCAUUUCCCAGCCCCUUGUGUGGAUCGUUGGAUCAAUUGCCUUGGUCCCAAUGCUUUCAGGCUCUAUAUUUUGCUAUCAGACACAAUGUCUAAAUCUUGAUCCUACAGUAAUCGGGUGGUCUCGAGUGAUUGGCCAGUUUGUACUUCUUUCAGGAACUGUGCUUUAUAACCAAUAUUGGAAAAAAAUUCCAAUGAGAAAGCUGAUAGGCAUGGUGCAGAUUCUGUAUGCUUCAUCUCUACUUCUUGAUCUCAUUCUAGUUAGACAAAUAAAUCUCAAAUGGGGAAUUCCCAAUGAGGUGUUUGCUCUUUGCUUUUCUGGUUUAGCCGAAGUUGUGGCUCAGUUUAAGCUCCUUCCUUUCUCAGUUUUAUUUGCAAAAUUAUGUCCAAAGGGUUGUGAAGGAUCUCUCACAGCUUUCCUUGCAUCAGCUUUGUGUCUAUCAUCAAUAGCUAGUGCUUUUUUUGGGGUUGGAUUGGCCUCUUGCCUUGGUAUUACAUCCGGUGAUUACUCGGGUUUAACGGCAGGGAUUCUUGUGCAGUUCCUUGCAGCUUUAGUACCAUUAAGAUGGAUUCACUCUUUACCCAUGUCACAACCGGGUGAGAAGAGAAAGAAAAGAAGUAUGAGUAGAAGAACACGUAGAAACAGAAGAGUUGGAAAAGUUGUACUUGGUUCUGUUAAUGUCUACAGGCGUGAGAGAGAAUGAGAAUAACAGGUGAAAUUAAAAUGCUCCUACCUACGAAGCUUCAAUGAUUAUCCAAGGAUGAGUGGUACUUGAGAUCUGUGGUUUUCACCAUGAUUCUCUUGAAGAUGAUUUUGUCAUGAUAAGAUGAAU